AUGCUGCCAUUGCCAUGCCCCUGUGUCGAGUGGCUUUGGAACCGCCGCGAGGCUCUCCCCGCCCAGCCUCGUGCCAACGGCGAUGGCAGACGAAAGGCCACUACGGUCUCCAUCGCACCAGAAGAUGUUCCCGAAGAGCAGGUGCCGGCAGAAGAUAUGCACAGCGCUCCUGCCCGGAGACCCACCAGAGAUUACUCAAAGCUGACCAGCUUCGUGCGAGACGACACAGACGAGCUUGAUGGCACGGACACGUGGAGGUACUACGCCCUGGUGGCGGAGAAGGAGGUUGAAAACAGCACGCGCAAGCUGGUGGAAGCCCAGCAGGCAGAGGGCAGCGAAGCUGCUCCUCAGCCAUCGUUAACGCCAACGCGAAGGUCCGUCGUCCGGCGGCCGCAGCUAUUACAGAAUUCGAUGCUGCAGUACCUGUCUCACACCGUGUGCGAUGCCAUCGAGCAAGGCAUCAUUUGCAAGGAGGACUUCCCUCGAGCAAUCCUGGAGGACAAGCACAGCAAGUACAAUGCCAGCAAGGGCCGCUUCGAAGCAGUCGUCGUUUUCAUGGACGCCUCGGGCUUCACAGCGCUGACGGAGUCCCUGGCGCGACAGGCUCACGGAGCCGAAGAGAUUGGUUCAUGUUUGAACAACUUUUUCGGCGCCCUCAUUGAGAUCAUCACCCGUCAUGGAGGAGAUGUGCUGAAGUUCAGCGGGGAUGCCCUGACCAUCCUUUGGCGAGUAGAGGACGAAGGCGUUCCAUGGCGUUCCCGAUCACCGAGCAAAUCCACCAAUUCAUCUUGCACCCUGCCGCCGGUGAGCAAAGCUGAUGCAACCUCGCGGCAACUCAUAAUGCUAGUUGAAGAAGCUGUCGUCCCGAUCCCCGGUCUCUAUUGCAAGUACCAUCUCCAAAGUGAGUUAGAUUUCCGAGGAGCUUGGAAGGUAGGUGCAAAGAAGUCGAGGUCCAGCUUCGGAGCCACGCCCGUGCCCGGUGUGGUUCUGACGCUACACAUCGGCGUGGGCUUCGGCCCGCUGACACUUUUGCAGCUGGGUGGAGUCCUGGAUCGCUGGGAGUUUUGUGCAGCUGGGCAGCCGCUGGAGGUGGCGAUCGCGGAACCUUUGGCUCAUUCUGGUGAGACCGUUGUCAGCUCGAGUGUUCAGGAGGUACUGGCUUCGAAAGGACAGAGCAGCGAGUUCUGCUUCGAGGCCGGCUUUCCGGAGCAACCCGGCUACGCCCUCCUCACUUCCACAGCUGCUCCGCUGGGGAGUGGAAAGGUCCUGAAUGCCAUCUUAGAUGGUGGUGCACAAACAGCCAACUCGGCACAGCUGGUAGAAGUGGGGGACACGCUCGAGGUGUUCGUUGCCGGUCAGAUCCUAUCCCACCCGGCAGACGUGGUCAGUCAAAGCCCCGGGCAAACAGAGUGCAGCUUGAUGGCCGCCGAAACAGCCACACCGCAUUGGUUGCAGGAGGCGGCCAUGAACCUGGUCAGGGGGAUCUCUCGACUCAUCCCUGAGGAAAGACAUGGACUGCCGGGGACCCAAGCCAGUGGUGGACUGCAGAACGACACCACGGCCUGGGGGACGUACGACGUGCUACAGCUCCCCAGUCGCCACGUCAACGGGGAACCCACCGACCUCGCAGCCCAUCCUCAGAGGAAGCGAAGGAAGGAUCCAACGACAGUCACAGGCGACGAAGAGACUUGGCGAUCCACCUCCAUGAGCAGGGCAUGUGACCGGGGGACCAACAAUCAACGACUCGCUCAGCUACACGAUUCCCCGCACGGAGCUUUGAGAUGA